AUGAAGAACCCAAGUUUAGUCGGUAAUUCAACAAGCAGCAAGGGUACUCCUUGUUGCAGCAAAGUUGGGAUAAAGAGAGGACCAUGGACGCCCGAAGAAGAUGAAGUAUUAGCCAACUACAUCAAAAGGGAAGGCGAAGGACGAUGGCGGACUUUGCCUAAACGAGCUGGUUUGCUUCGAUGCGGUAAGAGUUGUCGUCUCCGGUGGAUGAAUUAUCUCCGACCCUCUGUUAAACGAGGUCGUAUUGCUCCCGAUGAAGAAGAUCUCAUUCUUCGCCUUCAUCGCCUGCUCGGUAACAGGUGGUCACUGAUAGCUGGUAGGAUUCCAGGGCGUACAGAUAAUGAAAUAAAGAACUACUGGAAUACCCAUCUAAGCAAGAAGCUGAUCAGCCAAGGAAUAGAUCCAAGAACCCAUAAACCAUUGAACCUUAUUACCCAUAAAUCACCACAGAUUAAUCAUGAUCCUGUUCCAAAAUCAAACCCUAGCCCCCCUAUCCCUAAUCCUUCUGUAUUAGCAUCAAAAACCAUUACCAUUAAAACUACAAACACUACCAAAGAUGGUACACCGACUAACCUGGAACAUGGGUAUCAGCAGCAAUCUCAAAACCAACAGGUUGAUAAGAGCAUGGAGAAACGGCAUUAUACUGAAAGUGCAACUCUUAUCAUGGGGGAACCAAGCAGCCAUGGAAACGAAGGGGAUCAUAUGGAAAAUUGCAAUGAAGAUAUGUUCUCCUCGUUUCUAGAUUCAUUGAUUAAUGAAAACUUGCUUGUUAAUCAACACCCAGUAGAGCAGCAACCUAAUAAUUUGGUGGCACCGGCAGCAGCAGCCGCAGAAUCUUCUCAGAACUUGAGUCAUGGCGACAUGUGGGAAACCGAACUCAUAUCUGCAAUGGUUGGUUUUGGGAAUGAGCCAAACUCUUUCAACAAUCAUUAUCAUUAUCUGCAUCAACUUUAGCAGAUCAAACUGCAAAUUUAUAUGCAUAUUGAAAUUAGAUGUUUUUAGAUUUUCUACGUUUGCUUGUAUUUAUUUUUCCUUUUUCUUUCUUUCAUUGCUCGGUUGUGUUAAUGUUAUGUACUCAUUUUAUUUGUAUGCUUGCACCUACAAUGAAAGUUUGUAGUCUUAUUCGUAGUGUCUAUUAAAAUGUAUCAAUCCCUAAAUCUGUAAUUUCCUACAGAAAUUAAUGAAAUUAUUGAAGCAAAAGGUUGAGUAUUA